AUGAUAUUACUUUAUCUUUUUCUAUUCUUACUCCCAUUUGCCCAUUCAAAGUAUACGGUACGUUGUAAUCGCUGACUCAUCCAUCACCCAUUCCUCGAUGAUUUUCCAGCCCGACUGGCAGUCACUUGACAGCCGACCGCUCCCUUCUUGGUACGAUGACUCAAAGUUUGGCAUCUUCUGCCACUGGGGACUCUAUUCUGUACCCGCUUUUAGGUUUGUUGUCAUGUAAUCUCUCGGCUGAUAAGAAGUGAAAAAAAAGGGAAAGGAAUUCGAAAGUUUGAUUUUAAAAAAGUGCAGAGGUCUGAACUGGUUUGCAAUAUCACUAUCAGACAAGGAACUUUUAUGUGUCCGAACAUCUCCUGUUUUCGAUUUUGAUUUUCUUCUCGAAUUACGUCUCUGUUUGCGAGAGAGAAAGUGAAAAACUUCCCCCUUGGCGCCCAGUGACAACAAUUACACAAUCAUGAUGGAAACCCACACAGAUCCGAAUGGAUGUGGUGGUAUUGGAAAGGAACGCAGCCAGAUGCGGGUGUUGUAAACUUUGUGGAGAAAAACUACAAACCCGGAACCACGUACGCGGACUUUGCCAAGGAUGUUAGUGAGAUAAUUGUUCCUGGUUAACUGAACUUUUGACCAAUUUGCAGUUCACCGCCGAGAACUUUGAUCCGAAAGAGUUUGUGGAGACAGUCAAGUCUUCUGGAGCAAGGUUACAAUCGCCCCAAAACGUUUAGCUGUACUUCUGUUCCAGAUACUUUGUGUUUACCAGCAAACAUCACGAAGGAUUCACAAUGUGGCCGAGUAAAACUUCCUGGAAUUGGAAUUCCGUAGACAUUGGACCUAAACGAGAUAUUGUCGGUGAAUUGCGAAAUGCGUUCAAACAAACAGACGUUCACUUUGGCCUGUAUUUCUCGCAAUUCGAAUGGUUUAAUCCACUUUUCCUGGACGACGGAAAGUUCAAUACUACACUCUAUCCGGAGGUACUUUGUACUUUCGGCCUUCCGACACAUAUCCGUUUGAAUAGCUUUUAAUAAUUGUGUGGCUGAGGUCUGGUUUGUUUGCCUCAGUUUUCAAUUUUCAGCAAGUGUCCUAUCCUCAAAUGAUUGAAAUCGUCAACAAGUAUCGGCCGGACGUAGUGUGGAGCGAUGGAGAAUGGGAUAAGAGUGAUGAGUACUGGAGGGCCAAGGAGUUCUUGACGUGGCUCUACAAUACUAGGUUGGUACCACAAAAAUACUUCUCAUAAACCCCUUUUCUGCUUUGAAAUAUGCUGUGUACGUGUGUGUAGUUAUUGUCAUUCGGAACUAGAAAAAGUAGAGAAUGAGGUUUUCUGACUUGCUAGUCACCCAAAUGUAUUUGAAAUCUAACUCUAAAUCCAUGUACAAACAAUCUUCUAAUUUUUUCAUUUUCAGUCCAGUCAAAGAUCAAGUAGUUGUCAACGAUAGAUGGGGAGCUGGCACCAUGGGAAAACACGGAGGAUUUCUGACCUACUCGGACCAUUAUGACCCCGGAACCCUUCUGGCCAGGAAAUGGGAGAACUGCAUGACCCUGGACAAGCACUCGUGGGGAAACCGAAGAGAUAUGCGUGCCGCCGACGUGUACACCGCUUUUGAAAUCAUAGAACAACUGGCUAGAACCGUAGCAUGCAAUGGAAAUCUUCUUUUGAACAUUGGUCCCGAUAUGCACGGCCGCAUCCCCACUAUUUUCGAGGACCGACUCGAUGAAAUCGGCAGGUAACUGGAGCCGGAUAAAUAAACAAACGACACUCGGCUUUCAGAUUUAUUGAGGUAAACUCCGAAGCGUUGUUUGGCACCAAGCCGUGGAUAUUUCAAAAUGACACCAGUGCCUCGAAUGUUUGGUAAACAAUCUCUCAAAGGUAUGAGCAAAAUUGAAAUUCGCUGCAGGUACACGUCAAAAUACCGGACAUCUCGACUCUUGGGCAAUGAAGUGUUCAACAGACAGAUGGAACAGGUCACAAUUGUCUAUGCCUGGAUUUUGGACACAUCCCCAGCAGUUUUCGAGCUGAAAUCGGUGAAAACCACGGAGAAGGUAAAUCAUCCUGAAUUACACCAAAACCGGUUCCACAUUUCAUUUCACCCCAUUUGACACGGACGACGUGUAGAACAUAACUCGUCAUUCAUUUUAUAAUUUUUCAGACCACUGUCAAUGUUCUCGGAACUGAUGGGGUGCUGACUGGUUUCGGACGGGCCGAGUCUCUGUCCAUUCCCCGGUCGAAGAUUGAUUGGAAGAAGGUUCCGCGUCGUGAUGUGAUCGUUUUGAAGAUUGAAAACGCGAGAAGUGAUGGGACAAUUCCAGAUAUGGUCCUAUCCUCUCUCAAAAGAAAAAGCUUCCAAUGA